UGGCUGCUGGAAAACAGACAGGGAUCGAGGGUGAUCGGCUUUGCAACUGGAAAGAUCCGCCUCGUACUUUGACAGCAGCAGCCGUCGUCUGUUCUCGAACCAACCCUGGGGAUCAUUUUACGUCUUCUUUGUCAGGCUUCAGCCUUCACGGAGUAGGCCUACUCUGCUGCGCAACAUCUUCUUUCUAACCUCCCCGUUUGUAAGUUUAAAAAAAAAAAAGUUUGUAAAGAUGAGCUGCAUGACGCACAGCUGUUUGGUCGCCCUGGCCAUCCUGUUUCUGUGGCGCGUUGAAGAAAUGGCAGAAGCCUGCAGCUGCUCCCCUGCGCAUCCUCAACAGGCUUUCUGCAACUCAGACGUCGUUAUUAGGGCAAAAGUGGUUGGAAUGCAGGAGGUUGACAGCGGCAAUGAUGUAUAUGGAAAUCCCAUCAAACGGCUCCGGUUUGACGUCAAACAGAUGAAGAUGUUUAAAGGUCCCACCCAGGAUAUUGAUGCCAUCUAUACUGCUCCAUCCUCAGCAAUGUGUGGCGUGACUCUGGACACCGAUGGAAAGAAGGAGUACCUUAUUACAGGUAAACUGGAGGUUGAUGGGACGAUGCACGUCACCUUGUGUGACUUCAUGGAGCAGUGGGAGACCCUGACCGCGAUGCAGAGGAAGAGCCUGACUGAGCGCUAUGAAACUGGCUGCGACUGCAGGAUCACCCGCUGCACCUCCAUCCCCUGCAUGAUCAGCAGCCCGGCAGAGUGCCUUUGGACAGACUGGGUGAUCGAAAAGACGGUGAACGGAGAGCAAGCCAAGCACUACGCUUGCAUCAAGAGGAGCGACGACUCGUGCGCCUGGUACAGAGGCAGUGCGCCACCCAGGAAGGAUUUUCUGGACAUUGAAGACCCAUAACUCCUCGUCUGUGGAACAAUCUGAAGAUGGGUGCAGUUUGAAUAGUUCAACACACACACACAAAAAGAAAUAAAAAAAAAUUAUGUUUGUAGACUUUGUUUUUGUUAACUGUUGUGCGGAGGCCCUGGUAAGACGACUAAUAAUUAUUUCAGGUUGCAUGAUAUGAAAAACUCGCCUUUCCCCACUUCAACCCUUUUUGAAGCACUUCCUCAUCAACCACUUAUUCUCCAUCUGAAAUAAAUAGUAUCAGUUUAGUGUUUUUUUUUCUUUCUUUUUUAUAUUUUUUUUUCUUUGUGCUCUUUUUUUAUAUAUAUGUAAUGAAUUAAAGUUUUAUUUAAAGUGAGAUGCAAAUCUUUAAUGCAGAAUUCAGAAACUUGAAAUUUUCUCACUGCAUUGAUGCUAAUCACCCCCCACCCCCACCUGUUGUCACCAUCAGUGCUUUUGCUGUGAAAUCAUCCAGGAUAGACAAAAAAAUGCACUUUGAAUACUAUUUCUUUUUUUUUUUUCUUUUUUUUUUUUUCCACAAACAUUUUCAAUUAGAAGGUAUGACAUACAUUUAAGCAUUACUAUUAAAUGAUUCUGAAAAUUCUUUUGACAAAAGACCCAAUUUUGUAUCUGUUUAAUAAGCAGACUUUGUACAAAAUAAAAAACAAAUUGUAUCUGUGUUCAAUGUCUUACAACCUAGACAGUUGCUGCAUAUUGAAGGUUUUGUAUGUAAUUUUCCUUGCAAAAAAAAAACUAAUUAUUUGAGCUGUCGUCACAUGACUUACAAAAUUUUGUAUAAUUCCCCCCCCCCCCUCCCUUGUUUUUGCAAUGUGACAUCUUGUGCUGGUUUCACAUGGGAUUUUGGAGAUGAAUGAUUUUUGCAUGGAUGUCCAGCUCAAACCGUUUUUGUACAUUUGGCUAUUAAAAAGUAAAUGAUG